AGAGAUAGAGAGAGAGAGAGAAUGUGUGUGUGUGUGUGUGUGUGUGUGUGUGUGUGUGUGUGUGUGUGUGUGUGGAGAGAGAGGGUUAAAUCCUGACAAUCUGUUCCAGGAUGUAUUGAGAGAGUCUGUGAGCAGGAUCAGUGACAGGAUCGCAGUGCAGCUUCUGUUAGUUUUACUGCAAGAGAGAAACAGACGCCUCAGCGUUUCCAGCCCAGGGCUGACAGCAGUCCCCUUUUUGCUGGAUUUUUCCAGUUUUGUUUCGUCAUUUCUUUUUCCCUCUGCUGGUGUGGCUUGGCAGGAGUCAUGAGAACGGAGUCUUGUUUUGGGAGCUGGUAUUCCAGCCGCUGCUGUUUUUGCUGUCAUGUCCGUACAGGGACAAUCAUUCUGGGAACAUGGUACAUGCUGAUCAAUGGCGUGGUGCUGCUGAUUUUGCUGUCUGCCUUCAGUGACCCAGAACGAUACUACCUGCCUCAUACCGAACUCACCACUGACUUUGACUUCACCGAUGAUGCCAAUAUCUGCAUCGCCACCGCUGUUUCUCUCCUUAUGAUAACCAUUUGCGGAAUGGCCACUUACGGUGCAUAUAAGCAACUCAGUGCAUGGAUUGUCCCAUUCUUCUGUUACCAGAUCUUUGACUUUGCCCUCAAUGCCCUUGUAGGAAUCAGCGUGGUCAUCUAUCCAAACUCUAUUCAAGACUAUCUGCGACAACUGCCUGCUAAUAUCCCCUACAGGGAGCAUCUUAUGUCAAUGAACCCAGCAUGCCUGGUGUUUGUUGUUCUUUGCUUCAUUGGCAUCAUUCUGGCAUUUAAGGCCUACCUAAUUGGCUGUGUCUGGAACUGCUACAGAUACAUCAAUGGGAGACGUUCUGCAGAUGUUUUAGUUUAUGUCACCAAUGAUACUGCGAUCCUUUUGCCACCCAGUGAUGAAGCUGUGAUGAUGCCUACCAAAGGCCCACCUCCACCUUAUAUGUCAGCUUAAAGACCAUAGCUACAAACACUACCCACACACAAGCAUUGAAACAAUCUUUGUACACACACUGUCUGACCAAAAACUCUUUAAGAAAUAACUUGUAUUCCAUUUUGAAAAGCAUUUUCAUUACCCUGGGAGUGAAACCUUCUAUAAACAUGAUUUAUUUAAUGUUGUGCAUUUUGGGUAUAGCUUUCAGGAAUAAGAUUCAAAAGCAUUUAUUUGCACUGUAUUCAUUUGUUGUAAUGUUUAAAAUGAGAACAUACUAUUUAACAUUGGUUAUAAAUCCCACUUAUUGCAAUCUCAGAUUAUUGUGCUGAGUUAAAAACACGUGUGAUUCCAUUCAGAGUCAAAUAGCAGUGUUUAACAGAGAAACAAGUUUAUCAAUAAGAAGACUGGGGUGACUCUGAGCACUUUCUCUGAUUAUUGUGGUUUGUGAUGGAUUUUUUUUGUUCGUAAACACUGUGCAUGCAUACAUUGUAUCUCAACCUUGCCCCUUCACCCAAGGAGUGGUGACCCUCAGGUUAAACUCACCACCAGCCACCUCUGUCUUAUGAGAGAACAGGCCUGUGCACCCCUCAGGCCGUGGUGACUUGACCCUUACAGAGGCAGUAUUAUAAAAAAAUACAAUUGUCGACCUUCUGAUGAUUGUCAGCAUGGCAUCAAGGCCACUCAGCCCUUUAUACCAGUAGCUCUUUUAAAGAUGCUAUCCUACUAGAUCCAUUCCCCUGUUUUUUCCCUAUAGCCUUGGGAAUUUCUUUCUGUUCAAAUAAUUAUUCAAUUCCCUUGUAAAAGUUAUUAUUAGUGAUAAUUAGACCAUUAUCAGUUGCUAGUCAGGGAUUGAUAAACUCUGCAGGUUUAUUUAUUUAGAACAGUAAAACACAUCAUAAUCUAGAAACUAGAUAUUAGAGCAACCAACUAAUUUCUAACUGAAAAGUUUCUAAACCCACCACAGACUCACCGACAGGCAGAGUCACAACGUAUACAUGGAGCACACAACAUCCUUGAAGAUGCAAAAAAAGAUCUGAGGAAGGGUUACUGGACCCAGACUCUGAUUUCUCCCCACAGAUGCUGCCAGACCUGCUGAGUUUCUCCAGCAAUUUCUGUUUAGGUUCCUGAAAUAACUGCAUAGAGCCUGGUAUCCCAUCACUAAGUCCCCCAUUAAAUACUUGUGCAUGGUACACUUACUGUGUUCUGUCAGCCCGCUCAGAGUCAGUCCCCCUGAACUGGGGAUUACAUCCUCUGGUUGUUUUUUUUUUCAUUAUAUUUCUUUUCUGAUCUCCUGGUUAUUUCUUUUUCUUUUUUUUAACAUUUCUUCUUUUGAUUUGGCCCCCUGCACUACUGCUAUCCAACACUAGUGCUUAACCUGCCCUCCACCCUUGUUGUGCAUGUGCAGGUGUGAGACAUAGUAAAAAACAGCUGGUGUGCAAAUAACUUUAUUAACAUAGCACCACCAGGAACAUCAUCCAAUGACUGAAGCAUCAGUAUUAAGCAGACCUGCUGUUACCCCUGUUUAUAUUGGUCAACCAGGGCUUCCUGAUUGGCCCAGGUUAACAUCCCCAGUCAAGGAACUUGUAGUCAAUGAGAUCCACCUGGCUGCAAUCACCACAGUUCCUAAAAGAUGAACUCUCUACAGGCAAGAUACACAUGCAUUCAGUCUGCUUCUACUUGCAUGGUGCAUUCUGGAUCAUGUCUGCUGUCUUUUGGAAGAAAGGAAUUCCCUCCCUUCACCAAUUCCCUCAAAUCUACAUCCUCUGGUAACCAAUCCUUCUGAUGUGGCCAGCAGCUCCUUCUGAUCCACUCCAUCAAAAAACUCCAUGGUUUUUGACUCCUCAGAAGGGAGAAGUUAAAUUUAAUUGGACAUCUUUAUUUGUAUCCUGUUGGAUUACAAAUUUUACUGGAGCUUCUUUAUUGCAUGUUACACUUCAUAGCUGAGUUUCUCCCUGGUGUGUUCUCAUAUCAAACAUUCAAAUGGAUUGGGUUAAAGCAUGGACAAAACUAUUUAAUCCAGGGAUUGAAAAUAAUGUACAAGUUGGUCAGAACUGUCAGCAGUUAAAAUGUUAAAUAAAGCAGUGAAAUAAAUCAGCUAUUAGCACGUUAUGCACCAAAUUGUUAAUUAUUGAAAUCAUAGCACUUUUACUUAAAAAUUUGUCUGUUUGAAUACAGGCUUUCUUGUAAAUACUCCUGGUUCAAUAAAUCCUGUGCAACAGA